ACAUUUCUAUGUAUGUUGGUACUGACUACUUUGGCAUUCAGCUAUUGUAAUAAGUAAUCGGUUACUUUGUAUGUAUCAAGGGAAUGAAAGUUUGAUCAGCUGUUGUUUGCAAACAUUGUUUUUGGUGCUUUUGAGUGAAAUUGUUUGUUUUUUAUAAUCUCGAAACAAAAUAAUAAAUUCAAGCAAUAAUGAAUAUAAAACCAAUUAUUACAUACUCAGGUUCUGGGCCAUUAUUUCGUUCAUUAGAAGCUCAUAUAUUAAACGCAAUACCAUUGGACACCUGUGAAUGGCGUAGAACAUUACAAAGGCCACCUAAACUAGUGCGUUUAGAAGCGCAAACACAACCAUUUAAUGCAGCUGCACUUGAAAAAUAUAAAAAAGGCGAAUGGAGUAUAGUAGAACAUCCAAUUUUACAUAUUUUCGUCACAGAAUGCAAUGAUAUUGAUGCUUAUAAAGCGUCAACGAGAUUAGAAAUCGAAAAUUGGCUGAAAACAUUGACAUCAUUUGGUAUAACGGAUUGGAUGAUUCUACUUGUGGAAACGUUAGAUACAAGAAAAACGAAAAAUUUAUUACCACGUACCACAGUCUUGGAUAAAAUACGUUUGGAUUUUGCCACAAAAAAUGAUGAUCGUUGUAUUUCCGUUUUAAAUCCAGCAAAACAAAAAUCGAUGGAAUCAUUUCGCUGUUUAGUACAACGAAUAAGAUUUUUAAUGUUGACGAGCUAUAAUCGCAACAUUACCAAAUAUGAAGAACUCAUACGCACAAAACGUGAGAAACGUAACCACCAUGGUUGGGAUUUCUUGCAAUAUUUCUUUAUGCAAGAAGAUUUAGCGUUGGUGUUUGAGAAAUUGGAACUUUACACAGAAGCACUAAUACAAUACGAUGAAUUAGAUGCUAUAUUUUCACAAUAUGUAACAAAUUCAGGUUUUGGUGAGAAACACAAAUGGCUUGAUACAUUUAGACGCCCUCUAACUUCAUUUCAUGGUGUUUCUCUAUCAAGGCGUAAUAAAUUCGAAAUGCGUGGUAAAAUUAAAGAAGAGUCUGUAUCUAUACUCGAAUUUCGUAAUUAUUUAUUUGAGAGACAAGCCCACUUGUUGCAACAAAAUAAUGACAUUCCCGGUAUAGCAAAACGUUUACUGAAUUUUCUCUUCACUACACUACGUGAAGUAGAUGUUAUUAAAUUAGAUUUGCAAGAGGGUUCUCUGUCUUGUUGGGAAUUCGUUUGUGCUUUAGAGGUAUUACAGUUAUGUGAGCAAGCCAUGGAACCAAACGAAGUAGACUGCUUCCAACAUUGUGCACCUAUAUGGAAUUUAGCUAAAGAUAAACUUUAUGAAUUGGGUAAAUUAUGCGGUCUUCUACCAGGUUAUACACCCACAUCUGCACAGCUACAUAUUGUAGUGCAGUUGUCCUCAGGUAUCGGAGAUAUACCCAUUGAUCAAACGCCGUUUCCCGAUCCAACGCCACAAAUUUCUCAACAACAGCGAGACCGUUCGCCAAAUAGACGUCCAAAAAAAUGUGCCACUGAACAACUUAAAGAAGCUUUAGGUUCAAAUCAAGCUUUCCAAAAGUUAUACCUCGAACUUGCUGAGUUAGCUAUAAGCACCUACAAACAUGUUUCACGUCUUCGUUCAGCACGUUUAGUAGGUUUAGAUUUGGGUAAUUUUUAUUGUGCACUCAACGAACCACAUAAAGCUGUGGGUUUUUUUACGGAUUUGCUACGUGAAUUGAAAGCAGAAAAUUGGUAUGCAUUGAGUUCGCAAACUUUAUUAGAAUUGGCGAAUUGUUAUCGAAAAAUGGGUGAUUCCCUUGCCUAUACAAAAACGUGCAGUUCGAUAUCCUGCUGUCAAGAGCUAGAAAUGCUGGUGCGCACAUUUUACUACGACGAGUUUCUAAAAUCUGCAAAAUCUUUAAAAAGCUCACUAUCUGCACAGCCGUCGUUGGAAAAUGCCAAUUUUUGUGUUCUGGAAGAUCAUUUUCGUAUAUGCGAUAUUGACGUACUAAAUGCCAAGUCAAUAAUACAAGACGACUAUAUAAUUGUGCAGGUGAAAUUAGAUAGUCUCUAUCCGCGCGAAAUAGUAGCAGAAACACUUAAACUAUCUUAUGAAGUGCAUGUAACACCACUUAUUGCUGGAGAAGCUGUACAAGUAGCGAACUUAAGCACGCACAAUGCAAGUACAGCACAUACUCCAGCCCCUUCAGCUAAAGAAUCGCGCUUAAAGUUUGCGCUGCAUUUAGACUAUCAGCAGGAUAACAAUUUAGCUUGUGCUUCAGUGGCAUGUGGUACACCAAAGAUGAAGCAGCCAGUCAGACGUACAAGCAGUACAAAACGCAAACUAUCGCCAAGCAUGCAGUCGGAUUUUUCUAAUUUUGUUGCUACAGAAAAUUUAUCACUUAAACCUGGUAUAAAUAUUAUAGAAUUAAGAGGAAAAGCCACACGUGUAGGUACCUGGGACUUAAAGCAGUUCUGUCUUGGCAUAUCGCAGUUGCAAUUUUUAUCAGAGCAAAUACCUUUUAAAUUGCCGACCUUUGAAAUCACCACAAAGCCUGCCAAGGCGGUUCUAGAUUUCAAAACUCUUAUCGCCGGUAUAGUCCAGCCAAUGAAACUAAUUGUUUCCGGUGGCAGUUUUAUAUUUCCACCAGAUGCCAAAAUUACUUUAAAAUGUACAAAAAAUAUGCAAAUUCGUUUAGCGUCUUCCACAGCUGUAAAAGCAGAUAUACAGACACCGCUUGAUAUAAAUCCACUCACUGAUAAUAAUGAGAAUGCUGCUGAAAAAUUUGACAGUGUACUCAAUGUGCCACUGCCCAAUUUUAAGUCAUUUGAAGAGCGGGAAAUACCUUUAGAAGUAAUCGCCGAUUUACCGGGACGUAAAGUGACUAAGCUCUAUGAACAUCGCAUUUCACUUAGUUGUCCGUGGACACGUAACGAGUUUCAAAGUCGCAUUGAAUUUCAACCUGCAAUGGAGGCUACAUGCAGGCUUCAUACAUGUGACACACAAAAAUUCCUACAGGUCAUUAUUAAAGGAUUACAUGGGCAUUUGUUUCUAACUGAACCAAAAGUUAAAUGUGAUGUUUCUGGUGUACGUUUGAUCGAUUUAAAUCCUGCCAUGCAGGAACAAAUUGAAAUUUAUAAAUCUCUCACUGUCUCAUAUCUGUACGAAAUAAAAGUCGAACCAUUGCAAGCCGAAAUGGAACUUGCGCUUAUAAAAGUUCAUUUUUCAAUUAAAUAUGCAGAUGUAGACAAACCUCAAGUUUAUAGGGAUCAUGGAUGCGCUUUUGAUUUAGUGGAUUAUAUAACUCUAUUCAACAUACAAGCACAACUGGAACCAAAAGAGUUAUGUCGUAUACGCUCGGUUUGCAGUUUAAAUCUGAAAAUAACCAAAGUGCACGAAAAUCCUUUUGUGGAUCUUAUGUAUGAAGUUGUAAAUGAUCAGAACUUGUGGGCAGUAUGCGGAAGCUCUGCAGGUGUCAUAUCCAUGAAAGAUGUCGAUAGUCAUUCCAUUUGUUUAGAUAUUAUGCCGCUUAGCACUGGUUUUCUACCAAUGCCUAGCAUACGAUUAUCAAAAUAUACUGCUGGCGGUAAAAAUAAAACUGAUACACAUUCAAAGGCGGACCCUUUUCCACCUGGCCAAGUCUACAAUUCUACGAAAAGCAUGCAAAUUUACGUUAUUGCCAGUGUUAAUGGAGAACAAUAAAGGCAUGCCUAUGUGAUUAAAUUCUACAAAAUGGAUGUGUACUCCAAUUUUCAUUAAGCUCAAUAAUAAUUAUUUAUGUAUAUUAAAAAUCCAAUCAA